GUGAGGAGAAGAUGGAGGAGAGUGAGGAGCAGUCAGCAGACUCCGGCAUGAGGACGGGAAACAACGAGGGACACAGUUUCAGUGUGUACAGUGUUGCACUGUUACUGCUCGUGAACGUGAUGGCGUGUUGCUUGGUGGAUGGUGACAUCAGGCGCCGUAAAGCGCGACCGCUCUGACAGUCUUUCCAGCGAUCUGACCACACAGUCAAUGCACGACAGGACCCAGGACGAAGGCUUCCUCACCUGUGACAAGAGAGCCGACGAGCCGGGAAAGGACAGCUUCAGGCUACACAUGGUGACGUGGAACGUGGCCACAGUCGAUCCUCCAAAUGACGUGACCUCGCUACUUCAGCUGAACUCCCCAGAGAGCCCGGACCUCUACGUCAUCGGUUUGCAGGAGGUGUACUCUGGGCCGUUGAGAUUCGUGUCGGACACCGUGUACAAUGAUGCUUGGAGCCUUCAGUUCAUGUGCACUCUGGGACCGCUGGAUUAUGUAAAGGUGUCAUCCAUCAGGAUGCAGGGUCUGCUGCUCCUGGUGUUCUCUAAACUGGAGCACGUCCCCUUCAUCAGAGACAUCCAGGCCUCAUACACACGCACAGGCAUCUACCGUUACUGGGGUAACAAAGGUGGCGUGUCCGUCCGUCUGUCUUUCUACGGACACACACUCUGUUUCCUCAACUGUCACUUGGCCGCUCAUAUGAAGUACGCCACGGAGAGGGUGGAUGAGUUUGAGUACAUCAUGGACACGCAGACCUUUGACUGUAAGAAAGCUCCAAGAAUUGUUGACCACAGGCUGGUGUUCUGGUUCGGAGAUCUCAACUUCCGGAUUGAGGAUCACGGCAUGCACUUUGUCCGCUCCUGUAUUAACAAUCAGACCUACAGCCUGCUGUGGAGCAAAGACCAGCUGACCAUGAUGAAGAAGAAAGAACAGAUUCUGCAGGAGUUUGAGGAAGGACCCCUGGACUUUCAACCCACGUACAAGUUUGACUUGAACUCUGAUAAUUAUGACAGCAGGCUCUACAGGACAUGGUUUGGCUUUAAUGGGAAGAAGCGCAAACCCGCCUGGACCGACAGGAUUCUGUGGCGGCUCCGACCCAAAGCCCCGCCCCCCGACGAGCAAGAGAAAAACAGCGUCGGACUGGACGCCAAGACGGCAAUGCAGCUGGAAGAGGAAGAGGAGUACCCUCUGAAGAUCAGGCAGGACUCAUACACCAACAUCAUGGAGUACAGCAUCAGCGACCACAAGCCCGUCAUCGGCGUCUUCACGCUGGAGCUGAAGAAGAUGUACUCGACUCCUCUGGUCCGUCUGCAGGCAGAGGGAGACUGGAGUGCGGACAUGGAUGCUAUGGUUCUCUACAGCCCCCUGCAGCCUUUCCCCUCCAGUACGUGGGACUGGAUCGGCCUCUAUAAGGUUGGAUUCACUAGUGCGUCGGACUACAUCACCUACAUGUGGGUCAAAGAUGACGAAGUGGCCUUUAAUGAAGAAGACAUAAAGGUGUAUGUCGGUAAAGAGGAAAUCCCUGUGCGGGGAGGAGAGUGUGUGCUGUGCUACUACAGCAGCAAUCUGCAGUGCAUCAUUGGAAUCAGUGAACCAUUCAAGGUCCACGAGUCCAAGGUAGCUAUUGAGGAAGGCUUUUUGGCUGGAAAGGAAGACUUGUGGAACUGAUCUAUCAUACUGUAGGAAUCUUAUUGAUGUGGUACCUGUCUGGGCCUGGACUGCCUGAACCUCAACAAGGCUUUUAAUUACUGUUUCCCUAACUUCUAAGGAAGUGCGCUAUGUUCAUGCUGUUAAACAUCCCCACUGACCUCUAAUGGCUGCUCGCAAUUAGCUGCUCACACCUGUGGUCAGUACACUUUUUUUUUUUUUUUUUAACGACUGGUUUCAAGGUUCACAUCUGCUCUACAGGUGUUACUUUAAACUCCGACUGAAGUCAUGCAGAGCAGAAGCUACGAGCAAUCCUUCAUCAAUUGACUGAUUUUAAAUGACUUGAAAGUAAGUACAGUAUGGUUUAUCGAAUGUUAAUAAGUGAAGGAUGAUGUAGGAUCCGUGCAGACCUGCUGCUUUGUGUGAUUACUCGAUGAAAGGAAGCUCUCUGCUUUAGGUUGUGUUAACGGAUCCGUAAACUCCAUGUCUUAAUGCUGAAAGAAAGUCCGGAAUAUUUUAAGUUUGGCUCAUUCAAAUGUCACCUAACGGACAAUUAUGAAAAGGGAAUUGAGUUAUUUUACAGAAUGUUCACAGAUUACUGAGUAAAUAUAAGAAUAGGGGAUAUAUGGAAUAUGUAUGACUAAUUUGCUCAUGGUGAAAUCAGUAUGAUGCUGGAGCGGGGAGCUUACACAGGAAGUUACAUAGUUUAUAUUCAGCUAUAUUUUCCAUACGCUGAUUUGAGCCAACUCAUGUCACCCGAAGCACUGUUGACAACCACUGAACAUAACAGAACCCUGAAAUAACGCUUUUCUAACCACUAAUGAUCUGUCAGCAGCAGAGCAUUGAGUGAAGGACAAAAGGUCCUGUUUUUCUACAACACAUUUUUAUUGUGCAGUUUUGGGAGAAAUAUUUGGCACUUUUUAUGCUGUCUUUAGCUGACAAAAAUACUAAAUCAUAAAUUUAAAAAACCCUUUAAGGCAAAAAUAAGAGAGUCAAAUGUAUUGAAGUAUUCCAAAAGACAGGCUCGUUCUUCCUUUCCACCGUCUUAUUCUGUCUGCAUUGUUGUGGUGUGAUUUUAAAUGUUUCAUGUGUUACUGAAAAUAUUCACAGGGCUCACAGAAUAUCUCACCUUAGAGAAAAAAUAGCAGUUUUCAUUUUUUUCUUACAGUAUUUUAAUAAAACAUAGCUUUAUAAUAUAAUAUACUUAUUUUGUGGAGCACAUUAUUCACUGUUAAUUUUCAGCUUAAAAAAAUCUUUAAUCAUUCCCUUCUAAUAAGGAGAUAUACUUAAAGACACAUUGCACUGUUGUCUGUCAUUGCAUAAGUAUUUAGUGAUCGUCUUGUUGUUGUUAUUUGUGUAUAGUGAGGAAGGAAUAUAAAUGUUUUGUUUUUGUUUGCACAUUAUGGAUUCAGAAAGUGCCUUUUAAAAUGCUUGUUGCUUUACAUCUAGUGUACUAUAUACUAUGCUGCUCAGUUUUGAUACAAUAUGUGUCAGUAACGUUCAUCAGAUUAUAUAUCUUCACAUGGGCUCUGUUUGAUUUGAAGUAUCGCUGUUCUAAACAUUCACCUCCAUCUGCUGAAUGUUAUCAUUAUUGGCUGGCUGGAAUCAUUUGUAUCAGCCAAUGGAUGUCGCUGUUUUGUUUUGUUUUUAAAUAAAAAGUGACUUAUUUUCUCAAAUAGCAAUGAAAUAUUAUAAUGUACUGUAACAGAAUACCAACAGGUUUAUAGCUUUGGAAAUGCAAAUAUUAAAUCAUUCUCACUUCA